ACCUGUGAAGAGAGCAAAAAGGAUUUACUGCAAACUGGGAUUUAUCUGUGCUGGCGUUUAAACAGUAUUGUCGCCUGUCUUCGAGGCUUAAGUGUUUUUUGGGCUUUUAUUAUUCUUUAAAGCGGACUAAAGAAAGAUAUUUGUCACUAACGGAGGCCAGUAAUCCACCUGCUGCAAGAAAAGACAGACCCUCAAUAUUAUAUUACCAGGCAAAAGUGACUGCCAAGGGCUCAGACCACCUGCCCUGAGGAGUCAAGGAGACUAGGAGGAAGGGAAGAAAGGAAGGAAGGAAGGAAGGAAGGAAGGAGAUACAUCGUUCUCUAUUGUUGCCGUCUGCUUCCUACUGUAUCCAGAUGUAUGCUGAGAAAGUUGUGACGGAGGGGAAGAUGGGGAACAGGGGAAUCUCCCUGACCUGUGUGUUGACCCCCUGCCGUGUGAUUGGGGUGUGUGUGACACUGAUGACCUUGGGAGCCAUCGGAGCAGCUGUCUGGGCCGUAGUUUCAUACUGCACAAUGGAGGAAGACACAGGACUGUAUGAUGUCCAGGUAAAUUCUGCUGACCAGCGUCUCCGGGUAUUUGACUCGACCCACAAGAGGUGGCGCCAGGUGUGUUCCUCCCCAGCCAAUGAGCUGCUAGCUAGCAUAAGCUGUGAAGAAGUUGGCUUUAUCAGUGUGGUGAAUUACUCAGUGACAUCGGUGCCAGAGGCCAGUGGAGAUGGCGGAGAGUUCUUCUGUGUCAGACAGCAGGAGCUCAGCUACAGCAAGAAAAUCAAAGACUCAUUGUUCCCAUGUGACUGUGAGAGCAGGGAGGUUCUCACACUUUUGUGUCAAGACUGUGGCAGGCGCAGUUUCGCAGCAGACCGCAUAGUUGGAGGUGUGGAUGCCAGGCAGGGCAGUUGGCCUUGGCAGGUCAGAUUAGAGUAUGAUGGAGUUCAUCAGUGUGGAGGAGCCAUCAUCUCAAACCGCUGGAUUGUCUCAGCAGCUCAUUGCUUUCGAGAGCGGUAUCGAACCGUCAAUCGCUGGCGUGUGCUGCUGGGCUCCAUCUAUAGUAAACCAGUCAAUGCCAACGUGGCGGAGGUGAACACCAUUGUUUACCACAGCAGCUACCUGCCCUUUGUAGAUGCUAGCAUUGAUGACAACAGCAGGGAUAUCGCUGUUCUGGCCCUCACCCACCCCCUCAAUUUCAACGAAUAUAUCCAGCCUAUUUGCCUGCCAGCAUAUGGUCAAAGACUGAUAGACGGACAGAUGGGAACAGUGACAGGCUGGGGAAACGUAGAUUACUAUGGUAUUCAAGCAGAGGUUCUCCAGGAAGCAAACGUCCCCAUCAUCAGCGACGCUGUCUGUAAUGCUCCUGAUUACUACGACAAUCAGAUCACCACCAGCAUGUUCUGUGCUGGUUAUGAGAAAGGAGGCACUGAUGCCUGCCAGGGAGACAGCGGCGGUCCUUUUGUGGUAGAAGACUGCCUGUCAAAGACCAGGCGGUAUCGUCUGGUGGGGGUGGUGAGCUGGGGAAUAGGCUGUGCCAUGGCCAAGAAACCUGGCGUCUACACCAGAGUGUCCCGAUUUCUGCCCUGGAUAUCUACGGCCAUGAGAGUGAGUGACUGGACACUUUAUUCUAUUAUACCUGUGCUUCUAAUACUAAAUGAACUGACUGCAGAACAGAACCAUAACUUGCUGGCAUUAAGGCCAUCUAUAAACCACUUACUAACAACACUCCCACACUUUCAUAUGCAAACACAUGUGGCCUCAUUCUCAUGAACAAAAAUAUCAUUUGGUGUUUUAAGCUGUAGUCUUUUAAACGUCAAAGCAUUUCGCAUCACAGCAUAUUUAUGUACAGCAUUGAAAACAGAAUGAUCA